CCAGCCUCCCCUCCCCCACCCAGUGCAGUGUCACUGGCCGUGCCUCCCCUCCCCAAUUCAGUGCAGUGACAUCUAUGCCAGCUUCCUGUCCCCCAUCCAGUGUAGUGUCAUUAGCAACAGCCUCACCUUCCCCUCCUCCCACCCCAUUUCCACUUUGGCCUAAACAAUAACCUGCAAUGUGCUCUGAGUGGAGAGGUGGCAGGAGCUGGAGAGGUGCCAGAGGGGGUCCAGCUGGUGGAUGGAGGGGGCGACCUUGGAGAGGAAGAGGAAACUGGGACAAGUCUAGGAAAGGUGGAGGAAGCCUUCAACAGCUAACACCUCAUUCGUGCCUAAUUCAAGGAACUUUGAAUCAGUUUAUACCAUAUAAGGGGUGGCAACUUUACUUUUCAGAAGCUUAUGUUGGGAGCUCCCCUUUUAUACAGAAGAUUAGCGCAUUUGAAAAGUUUUUCACAAACCAUAUCAAUUUGUAUGACAAGGAUGAAAUAGAAAGAAAAGGAAGCAUCCUGAUUGACUUUAAGGAACUUGUAAAUGAUGAAGAACUAAAAGCCCUCAUGCCAAAUUUAGCCACUGAAUUGAAGGAUAUGCCAGAAAAAUUGUUGGAUUGCUUGGGAUUGGCAGUUCACCAGGUAAUAACUAGAGAUCUUGAAAGACAGGCAGCCCAAUUGGAACGGGGGCUACCAAAUGAAGAUACUCCAAUUGUAAAUGUUCCCUUCAUUCAUGCAAGGGUCUAUAACUAUGAGCCUUUGAUGCUGUUGAAAAAUUUACGAGCUAACUGCUAUGGAAAAUAUGUUUCUCUGCGUGGAACAGUUGUCCGUGUCAGCAAUGUCAAACCUUUCUGCACUAGAAUGGCCUUUACAUGUAAUACAUGUGGAGAUACCCAGAGCCUACCUCUUCCUGACGGAAAAUACACACUUCCUACAAAGUGUUUAACACCAGAUUGUCGCAGUCGAUCAUUUACACCGAAUAGAAGCUCUUCAUUAACAGUUACUGUAGACUGGCAAUCUAUCAAAUUACAGGAGCUUGCAUCAGAUGAUAAGAGAGAGGCUGGAAGAAUCCCUCGAACUAUAGAAUGUGAGCUUAUCCAAGACUUGGUUGACAGUUGUGUUCCAGGAGACAUGGUAACUGUCACAGGAAUUGUCAAGGUGGCAAACAGUAGUGAAGGGAAGACUAGAAACAAAGAUGACAAGUGCAUGUUUUUUUUGUACAUUGAGGCCAACUCUAUCAGUAAUAGUAAAGGACGGAGGAAUGUGAGUUCCGAAGAGGUAUCUGGUGAUACAACCUCCAUGGAGUUUACACUUAAAGAGCUUUAUGCAAUUCAAGAGAUUCAGGCUGAAGACAAUCUUCUCAAAUUAUUUGUUAACUCAUUGUGUCCUGCUAUAUAUGGUCAUGAGCUUGUCAAAGCAGGAUUGGCACUGACGCUUUUUGGAGGCUGCCAAAAAUAUGUGGAUGAUCAAAAUCGCAUUCCCAUCCGAGGUGAUCCUCACAUGCUCAUAGUUGGCGAUCCCGGACUUGGAAAGAGUCAAAUGUUGCAGGCAGUGUGUAAUAUUGCCCCACGGGGAGUAUAUGUCUGUGGUAACACCACCACCAGUUCUGGGCUUACUGUAACUCUAUCAAGGGACAGUGGAUCUGGAGAUUUUGCGCUGGAAGCAGGAGCUCUUGUACUUGGCGAUCAAGGCAUUUGUUGCAUUGAUGAAUUUGAUAAAAUGGGAAACCAGCACCAAGCCUUACUGGAAGCCAUGGAGCAGCAGAGUAUCAGCCUAGCCAAAGCCGGAAUUGUUUGCAAUUUGCCAGCCAGAACUUCAAUUCUUGCAGCUGCUAAUCCAGUUGGAGGCCACUACAGUAAAGCUAAAACAGUCUCUGAGAACUUAAAAAUGGGAAGUGCCCUACUUUCAAGAUUCGAUUUGGUAUUUAUUCUGCUUGAUACUCCAAAUGAAGAUCAUGACAAUCUUCUUUCAGAACAUGUCAUGGCUUUGCAUGCUGGGAAGAAAGCAACCUUGAGCAGUGCCACAGUUUUGCGUCAAAGCACACAAGACACUAAUACAUCAGUACUUGAAAUUGCUUCAGACAGGCCGUUAUCAGAGCAAUUAAAGGUUUUCCCUGGAGAAAGCUUUGAUCCUAUUCCCCACCAGUUGCUAAGAAAAUAUGUAGGGUAUGCACGGCGUUACGUUUGCCCAAAGUUAUCUGCUGAAGCGGCUCAAGUACUUCAAGAGUUUUACCUGGAGCUGAGGAGACAAAAUCAGGGUCCAGAUAGCACACCAAUUACUAUGAGACAGCUGGAGUCUCUUAUAAGGCUUACCGAGGCAAGAGCAAAAUUGGAACUCAGAGAAAGUGCAACAAAAAGUGAUGCAGAAGAUGUGGUGGAUAUCAUGAAACAUAGCUUAUUGGAUACCUUCUCUGAUGAGUUUGGAAGAUUAGAUUUUCAGCGCUCACAGCACGGUUCUGGUAUGAGCAAACGAUCCCAGGCAAAAAGAUUUGUGGCUGCACUGAAUAGGAUAGCAGCACAGACUUUUAAAACUCUCUUUGAAUUUCAACAACUCAAGCAAUUAGCAAAAGAAAUACAGAUACAGGUGCCUGACUUUGAGGGAUUUAUCCACUCUUUGAAUGAUCAGGGCUACUUGUUAAAAAAGGGACCAAGACUUUAUCAGCUCCAGGCCAUGUAACUGCAGAUUAAUCAAAAGUUCUACAGCAACUGCCUUUGUAGAUAAAAGCGAAAUACUGCGGAUGCUGGAAAUGUAGAACAAAAACAAAAAUACCUGGGAAAACUCAGCAGGCCUGACAGCAUCUGCGGAGAGGGAUACAGUUGACAAACUACCUUUGUAGACUUGUUUUCCUUUUGAGGGGGUUAGCACAAAGGCAAGGAGAGCUAAAAAAAAAAGUCUACCUUUUGUUGAUAUUGUUAUGUCUUAAGUAUUUAAAGUUGCAAAUCAGUAAAAUGGAGAUAAUUGAAAUAUUUAAUUACUUAUACUAGGUUUGAGCAAAAUCUUAAUUUUAGCUUUAAAAAAUAGCCAGCCCGUUCUUUCAAGAUACAUACAAAAAUGCUUAAUUAAUUUCAUAAUGUUUAGAAAGUGUUGAUAGAAAUAAAAUUGCACGUUCUCAUUAUUUCCCUUAUCCACAAAAAUGUAAUUUACAGUUCAACAAGAAAAUCGAGCUAGAUAUCAGUUGUGUCAUAGAAAGGUGGGCUUGAACCUACAUUCAGCAUACUCCACGUAACUAGUUCUGGCGUUAGCUGUAUUUUUGAGGAAAGUAGGUAAAAUGGUUUAGAAACAUCAGAAGGCAGAGAAGCGUUGUACUGUAUUGCACCUGGUACGGCGUAUGCCACUUGGGUGAGUGAAGAAUAAAAAGCAGCAAGGUAAUCUCCUUGGGCGUUGCACAAGGGCUCAAGACCAGGUCAUGUGGGGUUAGAGUAGGAUUAAUUGGACCAGAGUGUGCAGCCACAAUUUAAUUGCCUUUUUAAAAUUAUAUAAUACUGUUCUUAUUUUAUAUUUACCACUAUAAAUUUCUGUAACUUAAAUUUAUAAUGGAAACUCCCUAGUUAAACUUGCUAUACUGUGGUUGCACCCUGCCCACUGGUGACACUGCAGCACCUUUGCUAGAGGGAAGAUAUAAGUUGUGUGUCAGAUUUACAUCAGUUGCCAUCAUAAAUGCCAACAUAAGAAUUUAUAAUGGGAGGAAGUUGACUUAAGUCUGAGCAGUUGAAAGAGUUUUAAUAACCACAGAUGUGAGUCAGAAGAAACCCAUUUGAACUUUGUUGGUGUGUAUUUGCUGUCAAAUGUCUGAAAUUCAAGCAAUAAUAUCUUGACUGCCAGGGUGCUGCUUACCUCAGUGAGGUACUUGUGAGGUACGUGAGUUUUAUCUGUGCUCUACUAUGGAGUAGGAAUAGAAUGUGAAGUGUGUUGUUUCUGUGGAUUUACGGCACUAGUUUGGAGAAGGAUCUGCCCAGACUGCCUUCACAAAUGUGUAGUGAGAAGACAAUUUAAAAAAAAAAAUCUUUUCCAAUUUAAAAACAUUGCUGUAAGUAUUAAAUGGAUCAUAAUACAUUUUGUUUUUACAUUUAUAGGUAUUUAUGUCAUCAAGUAAUUGUUCCCUGAACUCUUUGUAGACAUCUUACUUCAAAUGUUAGCAGUAUAUUUUCAUUUGUACAAAAGCAGCUUUUAGUUCAGAAAAUACUAUGUUCUGUAAUUCUGUUAUAACCUACAAAGUAUAAAAAGGGUUUCUGUCCACCUAAUAGAAUGUAUUUUGAAAAAUGUAGUGAACAAAUGCUAUUAAAAUUAUAUAUUUUUAAAAUAUAA